GAUUUUAUAAACCCCUAUCCGUGAUAUACGCUUUUGUAACCGCCACACCAUCCCAUAAAGAGCGGUUUCUUCUCAUAUUCUACGCACAUUCCAUUCUUAAAUAUCAAAACCCUAAACAGAAACCACAACAAUGGCGACGCCGAUCACCCACUUCUUUCACACCCACUCCGAUAACACCCACGACGUGUAUCACCUCACAUUCUUCAACGACACCAUCGAAACCCUGGUCACCGCCACACCAUCCUACGUCGACACAUGGAUCUCCACAAUCCAACGUCCCCAUCUCCACUCCCUCAUCGUCGGUCUCGACGUCGAGUGGCGUCCCAAUUACCAAACCCCAAACCUCCAAAACCCGGUCGCCACGCUCCAACUGUGCGUGGGAAACCAGUGCCUCAUUUUCCAAAUCAUCAUGUCCCCAGCAAUCCCACAAUCACUCAUUAACUUUCUUGCUAACCCAUGUUACACAUUUGUUGGAGUCGGAAUUGAUAAUGACGUGGAGAAACUUACGAGGAAUUAUGGUCUGUCGGUUGCCAGGUGGGCGGAUUUGAGGGAUGUGGCUGCGAAUGUGUAUGGUGUGAGAGAGUUUAAGAAUGCAGGGAUUAAGGUUUUGGCGGAACAGAUACUUGGAAAACAAGUUGACAAGCCGAAAAGUGUUACGAUGAGCAGAUGGGAUAGUCGGUAUCUUACUCCGGCGCAGGUGCAGUAUGCGGCUAUUGAUGCGUUCUUGAGUUUUGAGAUUGGGAGGGUUUUGAUGUCUGGGAAUCGUAACUGAUUGGAGCUUGCAAUUUAUGGUUACGAAGGUAGAGGGUUGAAUGUUUGAUCUGACUUUUUGGUGUGUUAAACUUAAAUAUGUGUUUGUGGAUGUUUUUUUUGUUUGAAUUUGGUAGUAAACCUUUAUGAACAAAUUCCACUUUGAAAUUUGAA